CGUAAUAACCCUUGUGGUCGUUACGCCUCGGCUCUUCAGCGGAGUAGCAGGAAGGGCUUUGGGCUGCAUCCAGGACCACAGACAGAGGAGAUGAAAAGCUUUUACUAACAGAGCAACGUGAACUUGACCUGUGACCACUUGAUCAAAGCCAAGGAAAGACUGGCUGAACUUACACCCCAAGCAGGUAAAUUCAGUUCUAGUCUUAUUUCAGGUCAGCCCAUAGACAUGUAGAGUAGAGGCAGCUCCAGCCUCCAGGACUGCAUCCUCUUCAGAAGUCCAUCCAGCCAUGAUGACGUCCCCCUGCAGGGCUGUGCCCAGCUGCAGCAUGGACCAGAAACCUCCCCAGCUAAGUGUGGCAGAUGUGAAGGAGGAAGUGCAGGACGUCCUCAUAUCGGAUGUGGACGGGGCCGGGCACAGCAGCCCUGACAAGGUGAAAUGGAGCGCUGCUGGUGUGGGGCCCAGCUGCCUUCUGCACUCACAGAAAGCAGAGAGUACAGUGUGUCCCGUCUUUAAUGGGGGGGUGAAGGAAGAAACAGUGUUUCAGGACGUGACUGAGGAGAAGCUGGAUGGGAGUGUCAGACCUCCAAUCCCAGUUCCAACCCUAUGUUCCUUUGUACUCUUCUCCAUGCCUCAUUAUUCGGUCCAAGCUGUCAUGCUGGGGAAGAGAGUGAAAAAGUUCCCCUGUUUUCACUGUCCCACGUCCUACACGUCAGGGACGUACUUCUACAGACACAUGAAGAAAUUCCACCCUGAGGAGUUUGGCCCCGGUGUGAUACUGAAAGUUCACUGCUGCUCCCAGUGUGGGAAGAGCUUCAGUCAUUUAGAAGACCUAACAAGACACCAGCGGAUUCACACAGGGGAGAGGCCGUACCAGUGCUCCCAGUGUGGAAAAAGUUUCACUCAGUUAGGAAGCCUAAAGGUGCACCAGCGGAUUCAUACAGGAGAGCGACCUCAUCACUGCUCACAUUGUGGGAAAAAUUUCACUCGGUCAGGCAUCUUAAAAAAUCAUAUGCGCACUCAUGGAACAGAGAAACCCUAUCAGUGUUCCCAGUGUGGGAUGAGCUUCAUUUGGUUCAAAGACCUAAAAACACACCAACAAGGUCACUUAAUAGAGAAACCCUACCUCUGCUCCCAGUGCGGUUACAGGUUCAUAUGCAUGGAAGAACUAAAGAAGCACCAGAAAAUUCAUGGCAAGAAGCUCUUCCAGUGCUCUCAAUGUGGGAAGAGCUUCAGUCAAGUAGGAACUCUAAAGGCACAUGAGCGGAUUCACACAGGAGAGAGACCCUACCAGUGCUCCCACUGUGGGAAGAAAUUCAGUCAAAUAGGAUCCCUAAAGGCGCAUGAGCGGAUUCACACAGGGGAGAGACCGUACCAGUGCUCCCAGUGUGGGAAGAAAUUCAGUCAAAUAGGAUCCCUAAAGGCGCAUGAGCGGAUUCACACAGGGGAGAAAUCCUACCAUUGCUCGCAAUGUGGGAAAAGCUUCAGUCAAGUAGGAGCCCUACAGACACACCAGAGAACUCACACAGGGGAGAGACCUUACCACUGCUCAGAGUGUAACAAGAGCUUCAGUCAAGCAGGAGCCCUACAGACACACCAUAGAACUCACACAGGUGAGCGACCCUACAAGUGCUCUGAGUGUGGGAAGAGCUUCAUUCAACAAGCACACUUAAAGUCUCACCAACAGACUCAUACAGGAAAGAGACCCUAUGUCACUGCUCACCAUGGGGAGAGCUUUGGUCAAGUAGGAUCCCUAAAGAUGCAUGAACAGACUCCCACAGGAGAGAGGCCCUGCCAGUGUUCCCAAUGUGGGAAGAGCUUCAGCCAAGUAGGAGCCCUAAAGACACACCAGAGAUCUCACACGAGGCAGAGGUCCUGCAAGUGUUCCCAGUGUGGGAAGAGCUUCACUCAACAAGCACACCUAAAAUAUCACCAAAGGACUCAUACGAGAAAGAGACGUGGGAGGAGCUUAGGUCAUUUACGAAAGAUAGAAAAACAACAAGGACAACAAAAGGAGAGACGCUUUACUACUGCACAGUGAGAAAGGAACUUCAGCCAGUCAGAUUUAAAGAGACACUGAUUGACCAUCUCUUGAUGCCAUAUGUGAGUGCUGUUCCCCACAAGGAGCGUUAGCUGUCUGUUAGAUGCAGUGCUUAAUAAUAUACCGGUCCUAAAGAUACCUGGACCCAGUCCAGGCUGCACUGAACGUUAUUAUUGGGAUUUUUCUUUAAAUCAUUUGAAAUCCAUCCUUGCUUUCCAUACUUGUGACCCUUGUGUCAGUCUGUAUGACUCCCGCUGAUUCCAUAAAGAUAUAAAGGUACACAGUCACGGUGAUAUAGCAUACAGUGAAUAUGUUAUACAGACCUUAAAGCGUUUACUUUUGGUGUCUUUCAGUGACUCACAAUGACCUGAUACCCUUUGCCACAUUUGUAUCAUAACAUCGAGUUUAUUUCAGUGUCUUGGAAAUCACGAGCGUGCCACAACAGCAUGUUUUCCCAGUUUGUACAAAAUGAAUGUUUGUCUAAAACAAAGCUGGGUUCUGUAUCAAACUGUCACUGUCACAAAUGUAAGAUGUUUUUUAAAAUCCAUCCUAGCAAUGUUUUACAUGUUCUUUUAUAAAAGUUUCAUAAAACAGACAAUCACAUUUAAAUACAAAUUCGACAAAAUACAAAUCUGAAUGUUUUACAAAAGGACAGAAUAAAUCAUUAUAAAAGAAA